UUAUAUUAUUUUAUUUUUUUGGUAGAACAACUUAUAUUAUUUAUGAAUUAUGAUAGUGCAAGAACAGAAAAAAAAAUAGAGAUGCCAACUUAUAUUCAUUGAAUCACGCCACAUCACCGUAAUUAAUUAUCAUAAUUAUCAUAUUAUUUUGGCUUAAUAAUCCUCUUCCGUCAGUUCCCUACUUCCCUCCUCUCUUCCACCAAUUCAAUCCUCUUCCAUCUUCAACUCCGAUCCGUCAUCACAGGUCAGUUCUUCUUCUUCUCCGCCUCUCCAAUCCUCUCUUCCUAAUCGCUUUUCUUUCUCUGCGUUUCCAUUCUUAUUUCCAGUAUGUUAGGGUUUUUCGAUUUUCAAUUUUUCACCUUUUCACCCAUAGAUCUUGAUUUAUACCUCAUCGGAAAUCAUCGAAAUAACACUGGAUUCAAUUUGUUUCGUUAUUAUGCUCUUCCUGUAUCAUGAAUUCAUGUCUGUUACAAAACAAUUUUUUGUUGCAUAGUAAUUUUUUGUUACGGAGUAAUGGAAAGACAAGGGAGUAAUUUUUAUUAAAUUGAAUUUACCUGAUUUUCAUCACUGAACAUUUCAGUUACAAAAAAAAAAAAUACAAAACAAAGAAGAUUAUAAGACUAUUUCAUUCGUAUCAAUUUAAAUUGCCAUGGUCCUAUUUAACUUCUUCGGUUACAAAACGGUAUUGAAGCCUUUAAGACAUUAUUAUGUUGCUUUUAUUACUUGACUGCUGAGUCCUACACCUCUGUAUGUAUAAGUAGCAUAGCAGUUACUUCUUUAUCCAUACACUCAUAUCCAUUUCUAUUGAGAUUUCUAUUGAGUUUAGUUCUUGCUUAAAAAAAAAAACACUCUUUCAAACCAUGGCUCCUAUCUACACUCCUGUGUCCGCUAUAGUGGCUGGAAAAGCAAACCUAAAAUUGAAAGUUCGAAUAGUUCAUAUGUGGGAUGUAACAGACAAAUACAAACCAGAGGUUACGUCUAUGAAUAUGUUAUUUGUUGAUGAAAAGUGUGAUAAGAUUCUUGCUACUGUGGGAAAGGGUUUGGUGCCAAAGAUAAAAAAAAUGGUUCAAGAAGGAUCAACAUAUAGGGUUGAAAAUAUAUUGGUUGGAGGAAGUGAUAAGUACAAAAUUACAUCACAUAAGUACAAACUAAAUUGCAUGUUUAGUACUACAUUUACCGAGAUCGAUGCUCCGCACAUUCCAUUGAACCAUUUUGAUUUUAUGCCAUUCCAAGAUAUUUUGUAUUCGACUGAAGAAGAAAAAAUAGUUGAUGUUAUUGGGCAUGUGAUUGAAAAAAGUGAUAUCAAAGAGAACGUGAAGGAUGGAAAUACUAAGAAGCUAAUGGACCUAACUUUAGAGGAUUUGGAGUAAGUUAAUUAAAUAUUAGAUGUUUUGAGAAUCAGAAAAAAUAUUUAUAUACCACACAUUGACGUCAAUCGUAUAUUUUUUCUUAGAUGCAAUAGAAUCCAUUGUACUCUUUGGGAAGUAGUCCUAACAAUCGACCAACUCCUUAAUUUCAAUUUAUUUUUCUCAAUUUUUUACUAAGGUACAAUGGGUAUAUCCAAUUCAUGGUAUUGUACAAAAUUGAUACUCAAUGGUGAUAUUGAUGUCGUCCAUGACUAUGCAAACAGGAUGAAUUCCGGAGAAGUCGAAUUAACUCAAGGUGUGAGUAAGAUUACCGGCCAUGUUGUUGUUCCAUUAGCUGAUGAUUUGAUGCAGACCCAAAGAAUGACUAUUGAGGAGUUGGUUGAAUCACCUAAUCCAUGUUCUGGAUCGGUGCUUGCUACAGUUUGUGAAAUUGAAACCGGAAGUACGUGGUAUUAUCAAGCAUGUACUGAAUGUGCAGCAAGUAUUUCUCUUUUGAACGGACAAUUAUACUGUGGAAAAUGCGGUCAAAACAGAACUGCCGUCUCCAGAUUCAAGGUCCAUGUUGUUGUUAUGGAUGAUUCUGGAUCUAUCACAUUUGUGUUGUUUGAUCGAGUGGUGACUGAAAUAUUGGGCAGAAAUGUCGCCGAUUUGAUUGCUGAAUUUAAUCAAGGAAUUGGAUCUGAUUCCUACCCACCUGAUUUGAACAUGUUUAUAAACAAACAAAUGUUGUUUAAGGUUGAAAUUACUAAAGGUCAUGUGAACAAGAGAUACAAUAAUUAUAAUGUCAAAAGGGCCACCGAUGAUGCCGCUAUUAUCCAAAAAUUCAUUUCCCUCCACAACAUUAAGGGGGCAUCAGAAUUUGUUGAUUCCACAAAUAAUAUCGAUGAAGUUAUUGUUUUAAGUGAUUGUGAGACACCUAAUAGCAAACAUUCAGGAAAGAGAUCAGCUGCUAACAUGACAUCUUUAACUGAUAAUGUAUCUGGAAAUGGAGAAAGUUCAACUACCAAACCAUUGAAGAAACUUGCCCGUGUCAAACAAGAGCCUUCUGAUUGACAAUUGAAGUUGCUUAUUAUGAGUGCUGUCUUUUUUAAAGUUUAACCUUUGUAAUGUUUCAAUUCCCUUUCCAAACAUGGUUUUGUGUCGUUUCCUUUUAAUAACAAUGGGUUUAUUUGAAAAUUUAUGUGCAUUCUAUAUACUUAUUUUUUACUCUUCCUA